AAACAUACAAUUCUCAUAGAGAGAAAAGUUUAGAAGAAAACUAGAAAAGGUGAAAGUAUGGAGAGGACAAGUACUUCACUUCUAUUCCUUGUUAGCUUAGUUAUCAUAUUUGCCACAGUUGUGAAUCAGAUAAGAGCACAAACAUGUGACGACAAACUAGGCUCUUGUGAAAAUUGCGACCAAAGGUGCAAGGCCAAACACGGACCAUCGUCCGUAAGCAAAUGUAACGGUCCGGAUGGGAUGUGCAAGUGCACCUACGAAUGUGCGUCAUUUAAACCAGCCAAAGUGUGCGUCGGUGCGACUGAUAUGUGCACUGACACUUGUCCUCAGAGUUGUUGUGAUAGACAAUGCGCAAUAAAAUAUAAGAAUGGACAUGGGGGUUGUGUCAACUAUGCUGGUUAUAGGAUGUGCAUAUGCGAGUACUCUUGCUAAAACAUAUUGACAAAAGUUGUUAAAAAAAUUAUUAUGGUGAUAAAA